CAUGGCCUCCACCACCACCACCACCACCUCCCCUCUCCUCCUCACCACACUACUCCUCCUCCUCAUCGCCGCAACCGCGUUGGCGCAAAGCUCGGCCCCGGUCCCUGCGUCGUCGGCAGGAGUAAACCUCACGGAGGUCCUCGAGAAGGGCGGGCAGUACACGACGCUGAUCCGGCUGCUGAAGGAGACGCAGCUCGACUUGCAGAUCAACAGCCAGCUCAGGAACUCGUUCAACGGGCUGACCGUCUUCGCCCCGACCGACAACGCCUUCGGGGCGCUCAAGGCGGGCACGCUGAAUGCGCUGUCGCCGCAGGAGCAGGUCGCCCUCGUGCUCUACCACGUCCUCCCCGCCUUCUACAGCUUGGAGAUGUUCCAGACGGCCAGUAACCCCGUCCGCACGCAGGCCUCAGGGAACGACGGCGCCUACACGUUGAACAUCACUAGCGUGAUGAACCAGGUGAACGUGUCGACGGGCAUCGUCGAGACGUCGAUCACCAACACGCUCGUCUCCAACUUCCCGCUGGCCGUGUACUCGAUCGAGAAGGUCCUGCUGCCGUACGACAUCUUCGGGGCGAAGCCGCCAGCCGCCGCCCCCCCUCCUGCAGCUGCAAAGAAGCCCGCGAACGCGACGUCGCCGUCGUCUGCAGGGAACACAACUGCUGCUGGGGAAAGCAGCAGCAGCAGCAGCAGCAGCAGCAGUUUGAGAGCUGGGUUGAUGAAGGGCAGAGGAAUAGUGUGGAGUUCUACUGGUAUUGUAGGGCUCGGAGUGGUGGCUUUUCUUGGGAGUCUCCUUUGAGGAAUAGUUGUUGAAUAUUUCUUUUUCUUUUAAGAGAAAUGCUAUAGGUACAUUCAAAAAUAACGUGUAAAUUUUAUACCAUCUAUUCACAAC